AGGGGAGAAGGAGAACAGAUUAGCCAGAGAUCGAAAACUCGCGCAGCAGGAGAAGAGUGAAAGAACAAUAAAUCGAAAGGGAGAAGGAAGGAAAAAAGGAGAGCGAGCGAGCGAGCAAGAGAGAGAGAUAUUCAUCUCUCGCAGGGCGGGAAGGCGGAAGGGUUUCUGUUGAGAGAGUCUCUCCAUCUCCCAAACCAGCAAAAAAUGGGCGCCGGAGGUCGAAGGCUCGACGUCUCCACACCAAGGAAGAAGGAAGGAGAAGAACUGAAACACGAGGUCCUUCGGAGAGUCCCAUACUCGAAACCCCCCUUCACAUUAGGCGAAAUCAAAAGAGCCAUCCCACCCCAUUGCUUCAGACGCUCUGUCCUGCGUUCCUUCUCCUACGUGGUCUAUGACCUAACCAUCGUCUCCAUCCUCUACUACAUCGCCACCACCUUCUUCCACCGCCUCCCAACUCAUCUCUCCCUUGUCGCCUGGCCCAUUUACUGGGCAAUCCAAGGCUGCGUCCUCACGGGCAUCUGGGUUAUAGCCCAUGAGUGCGGCCACCACGCCUUCAGCGAUUACCAAUGGCUUGACGACACCGUGGGUCUCAUCCUCCAUUCUUGUCUCCUCGUCCCUUACUUCUCCUGGAAAUACAGCCACCGCCGCCACCACUCCAACACCGGUUCCCUUGAGCGGGAUGAGGUGUUCGUCCCUAAGCCCAAGUCCAGCCUCGCUUGGUAUUCCAAAUACCUCAACAACCCACUUGGCCGUGUCCUCUCCCUCACCAUCACACUAACCCUCGGCUGGCCUCUUUACUUGGCCUUCAACGUUUCCGGCCGCCACUACGACCGUUUUGCCUGCCACUACGACCCUCACGGCCCCAUCUACUCCGAACGUGAACGCCUCCAGAUCUACAUCUCCGACGCUGGUGUUCUCGCCGUCUCGUACGGGCUUUUCCGCCUCGUGGCUGCCAAAGGCUUGGCUUGGGUGGUCUGCGUUUAUGGAGUGCCAUUGUUGAUCGUGAAUGGGUUCUUGGUAUUGAUAACUUACUUGCAGCACACCCACCCUGCGCUGCCCCACUACGACUCUUCGGAAUGGGACUGGUUGAGAGGAGCAUUGGCGACGAUGGACAGGGACUAUGGGUUGUUGAAUAAGGUGUUCCAUAACAUCACAGACACUCACGUGGCUCACCAUCUGUUCUCCACGAUGCCUCAUUACAAUGCAAUGGAAGCGACCAAAGCUAUCAAGCCCGUACUUGGAGAAUACUACCAGUUUGAUGGGACUCCUAUCUACAAGGCUCUCUGGAGGGAAGCCAGAGAGUGUGCGUAUGUGGAGCCAGAUGAUGCUACAGAGGACAAAGGUGUCUUCUGGUAUAGCAACAAGUUUUGAGUUGUUACAAUUCUUCUUCUUCCUUAUUAUUACUAUUAUUAUUAUUAUUAUUUAACUUAUUAAAAGAAAAAUUCAAAAGAAAGUUAGGCAAUAGCUUGUGGGAUUGUGUUAGUGAUUUUUGUGUUAAAAGAACUGUUUAUUUGAAACCAUGUGAGGAGAGAAAGAAAAACCAACGAUUGCGUUUGGGAGGGGCAUGGUAACUUGUCCAAGUCCAUCUCAAUGGUUUGUGUUUUCUGUAGCACUUUUUUCUUUCUAUUCGUGGCAAUAAAAUUAAGAAUCUUGAAGAAGGGAA